ACUCGACAUUGCAGCAACAUGUUCAGAACAGCACUCUUAAGAAGGCUAAUGCCGGUUCGAUACAAUUCUUCAUCUUCCUCGACCAUCUCAGCUAAGGCAUCCCCUACUGGGGUUGUGUUUAUGAAUAUGGGUGGUCCUUCCAAAGUCAGCGAGACCCAUGAUUUCCUAUACAGAUUGUUUUCCGACGGAGAUUUGAUUCCGUUUGGCAUAUUCCAAAACGUUUUGGCCAAGUUCAUUGCCAACAGACGUACCCCUAAAGUAGCAAAACACUAUGAAGAAAUUGGAGGCGGGUCACCAAUCCGUAAAUGGUCCGAAUUCCAAUGUGAACAAGUUUGCCAGAUCUUGGACAAGACCAAUCCAGAUUUCGCUCCUCACAAACCCUAUGUCGCGUUCAGAUACGCUCACCCAUUAACUGAAGAAACCUUGGUGCAAAUGAAACAAGACGGGGUAAGACGUGCUGUGGCAUUCACCCAGUACCCUCAAUUUUCAUACCUGACCACUGGUUCUUCCAUGAAUGAACUUUACAGAAAGACAUUACAAUUAGAUCCCGAAAGAUCCAUUGAGUGGUCUUUUAUAGACAGAUGGCCUCAACAACCAGGGUUGGCCCAGGCAUUUGCUAAUAACAUCAAGGAAAAACUUGCCGAAUUCCCACCAGAAGUGAGAGAUGAUGUGGUUAUCCUUUUCUCAGCUCACUCGUUGCCUAUGGAGAUUGUUAACCGUGGUGACUCCUAUCCUGCUGAGGUUGCUGCUACUGUAUACAAGAUCAUGGAAGUUCUCAAUUUUACCAAUCCAUAUCGUUUGGUAUGGCAAUCUCAAGUAGGGCCAAAACCUUGGUUGGGUGGGAAAACCGCCCAGAUUGUGGAGAGACUCGAACAGAGAGAUGAUAUAAAGGGUAUUGUGUUGGUUCCGGUGGCGUUUACUUCUGAUCAUAUUGAAACUUUACAUGAAUUAGAUAUUGAGUUAAUGGAUGAAGUCAAAAAUCCUCACAAGAUUAAACGUGCUGAGUCUUUAAAUGGCAAUCAAGUGUUUAUUGAAGGGAUGGCUGAUUUAGUCAAAGACCACUUGAGGUCUGGUCGUAAAUAUUCUAGACAAUUGGAGUUGGAUUGUAUAUUAGGUGGUGAAACUGCUAAAGAUACAUUCAAGCAUCCAAGCGAAUUGUUUGGUCACUAAAAACAAAACAAAACAAAAAAAUAAAACUCUGUACAUAUUAGUAAAUAGUAUAGUCUAAUCAGAAUAUUCAUCAUCAGGAUCAAACAAAUCUAAAUUAAGAUCAGUCUGUUCUUCUUUCUUUUUAGUGGUUGUUCCAUAUCCAAAUGAACCUCUGCGUGGAAUAAUUUCCUCCUGUUCUUGUUUUGGAAUUGUUUCUUCUUUCAUAACUUCAUCCACAGUUUCUUUCUUUACUUCUUCUUCUUCUUCUUCUCCACCCAACUCCUGUUUUAUAAUUUCAUCCCCUUGUAAAGAACUCAUAGCAAGCAUACCUCUUCUUAAUGCAUCUUCUGCAGGCCAAAUGUAAUUAUUUGGAUGAAUUUGAAAUGGCAUAUUGGCCAUGGCUGGAGGUGCCUUCGUGAAUUUUGCCAAUUUCAUGGCAUACUUUAAGAUUUCCUGUACUUCAACUUCACUUGCUGGGGUGACUUCAUUCUUGGGUAAUCUUGGUAAACUCUUUAAUUCAUUUCUAUAAAAAAUCAAUUCCCGAAGUAUCCCCUUUGCUCGUUCUUCCAAUUGUUUAUUCUCGUUACUUAAUUGAUCAACUUGGUAACUGAAAUCACGAUGUUUGUUCAAAUCUUCAAUGUUUGACUUGAGAAUGUCAUUGACUUCGAUAAUCCGUUUGACCUUUUCCUGGAUUUCAACAUCUUUGAACUUGGAGAUAUCAUCAGCAAUGCCAUUCAAUAACGUUUCAAAUUCAUUUACUUUGGCAACUAUGGGUAAUUUCUCAAACUUCUGGAGGUCUUCCUUGGUCCGUAUCUUGCUCUUGAUAUUGCCUUGUGUAGUAGGGAGGUUCCUUAUGGGGUUCAACGACGACGACACGUAUGCUGAUGGUGUAGAAGGAGCUUGUUGUGGUGGAGUGCCAUUGGGCUGGAUAGGUGGUUGGUUAAGUCUCUGAGACGAGCUUAUUCGUGGGAUUGGCUUGAGUUGAUUGUCUUGUUUUCUAUAGGGUAACAUAUCACUGAUGU